AUGAUCACUUUAUUGCUGAAAAUAACUAUCGUGGUGCCGGCCAUGAUACUUGUAAUGUUUCAUAAUUUGAGUGGAUAUGAUUCUCAUUUUUUAAUUAAAGAUAUUGCCGUCAAUUGGGAGGGGAGCAUAGAUGUACUUCCAUUGACUAAAGAAAAAUUUAUGAAUUCAGGAUUAGAAGAAUUAGAUUCAUAUCUGACGGAGUUUUUACAUAUGAUAAUGGAAUUUCCGGAACUUGAUGAUGGGUAUUUAAAUUUGUUGCGAAGGAAAGGUGUAUUUCCUUACGAUUAUCUCGAUAACAUUAACAAAUUUGAACAGACCAUUUGA